AUGGCUGAGAAAACCCACCAGGCUUAUCCUUUGGCACCAGCAAAUGGUUACACCAGGAGUGAUGGAGAAUCUUUGGUUUCCAAAGAUGAGCUCAAACGCAGGAAGAGAAUCAGAUUGUUUACCUACAUUGGUAUUUUCAUUGUCUUUCAGAUCAUAGUCAUGACAGUUUUUGGUCUCACUGUGAUGAAAGUCAAGACCCCAAAGGUGAGACUGGGUGAGAUCAAUGUCCAAGACUUUAACUCUGUCCCUGCAACACCUUCAUUUGACACAACCUUCACAACACAAAUCAGGGUCAAGAACACGAAUUGGGGUCCAUAUAAGUUUGACGCCAGCACAGUAACAUUCAUGUACCAAGGGGUGGCUGUUGGGCAAGUCACUGUUCCUAAGGGCAAGGCUGGAAUGCGUUCCACCAAGAAGAUGAAUGUGGAAGUGAGUUUGAAUGCUAAUGGAUUGCCAAGCAGUUCGAAUCUUGGCAGUGAAUUGAACAGCGGGGUCUUGACACUGAACAGCCAAGCCAAAUUAUCCGGAAAGGUUGAGUUGAUGCUCAUAAUGAAGAAGAAGAAGUCUUCCACAAUGGACUGCAUGAUAGGUUUCGACCUGUCCACAAAGACUGUCAAAAGUUUACAAUGCAAGUGA